AUUCAAGUCCAUUUUAUUUUAAUACUAAAUAAACUUCCUUCCAUCUAAUACUUGCAACUAAUUUAUACAUAUGAUGUCCAUGUACAUCAAUGUUACUUAUCUAUGUUCCGUGAACAUAAAGGAAAUAGCCCCGAAAAACAAAAUAAACUGUGUCCUCUAAAUUAUUAAAAAGGAAAUAUUCGAAAAGUGACCUUGAACAUUGGAGACCUCCUAAAAGGCAUUUGGAUUUGGAUUGCUGUGGAGGUUGACUUCAUGAUCAUGACUAAAACAACUAAAAGAACUCUUUUUUUUUUUUAAUCAUUAAACCAUAAUUCUGGAGAAAACCUAUUCUGAAAGAUAUUUGGACUUUGAGAAAAACUGGAAUGGCAAAUCAAAAGUGCAUAGUGGAAGCAAAGAAUGAAGAGGAAGAAUAGUGUUUAAUUUCUUCUAUUGCAAAAAUGCUAUCCAAUUCUUGCAAGUUUUCCUCUUCUUCAUAAUUACUAACUUCUAUUUCCCAUUCUUCAACUUGGUAUCUGGGUGAACUGUUUUGGGACCUGAAGUUAUUUUCGCGAAGGCUUUAUCUGAAUAUGAUGAACAUACAUGUAGAGUCUGCGCCAAGGAAGAUGGAAGAAUGUAGGAUUUGCCAUGAUGCUGAUGAUGAUUCUAACAUGGAGGUACCUUGUUCUUGCCGUGGAACCCUCAAGUAUGCACAUCGUAAAUGUGUACAGAGGUGGUGCAAUGAAAAGGGGGACACCAUCUGUGAAAUUUGCCGCCAGAAUUUUAAGCCAGAUUACACUGCACCAGUUCCUCUAUUUGGCCGAUUUCCAGUGAACACGAGCAAUGAAAGGUUGUUGAUUUUCAAUUUCUUCUCUUUAUGUUUGUUUGAGGAUCUUCAUCACUCACAGUCAGACGAAGAAAAUGAGUUGCCAUUACAACAGUUUCAGCAAUCUCAAAUUGUACCACUGAAUGAUGAGAAUGGACUUUUAUACAUGUCCAAUGAACCCUUGAAAUACUAUUUAUCUCAACACCAGUGGGGAGUUUGGCACUGCAACUCUGGUGAUCCUACGUUAACGUCAUCAACUCCCUGCUCCAUGAUGGAGUAUUCUUCUGUUGAGAUUCGGCCAUAAGAUGGUUGAGCAGAUAAGAAUGUUGCCAGACAAAUUAAGCAAUUUCUAGAUUGCUUUAAAUUAGCUUGUACUCCAUCCUACAUCGGAUACACUGUAAUAAUACAAGAAAAGAUGUUUGAAUAAUUGGGCAAAAGAGCGAAAUGAUAUCGCGUCAUGUUAGUGUUUUUGUUGGAAAUUGCUUUAAGUUACUGCACUAGUUUUUAGCAAAAUAAGUUAGUUAAUUUAGGAUGAAUUUGAAUUUUGAAUUUAAAUUAGGUUGUUUGAUUUGUUGAGACA